UUUACUUUGGGGAGAAGACUUCAAAUGGGCCAAAGCAAGGACCGGACAUCCAAGUGGUCAGAGAUUUGUCCGGACCUGCUGCGAUGUGUCUUGGAACGUCUGAGUUUCACAGAUUUUAAUCGAGCUAAAUAUGUUUGUUCGUCGUGGCACUCUGUUUCGAGAGGCUGCGUACCUAAACGAAAUCAGAUUCCAUGGUUGAUUCUAUUCCCUCGCGACGACAUCAUCAACAACAACAACAACAACAACAACGAUAGGAGUUGCGUGUUGUUUGUUCCUGACGAUAGAGACAGAGUUCACAGAACGAGAGAUCUCGGUGUUGACUUUGUGCGGAGUUGUUGUCUGGCUACGUAUGGAAGCUGGCUUCUGAUGAAGGACACUCGUUCGAAUCUCAACAUUCUGAAUCCGUUAACCGGUGAGAAUAUAGUUUUACCAGUUACUUCAGACUAUUACGUCCCACCUGCACCACCAAAUUAUGAGAGGGAAAGCAUAGCUUGUCUUUGGAUUGACGAUAGAAGCAAAGAUUACGUAGUUGUGUGGCAGGUGGAUGAGGAACUGCUCCUUAACAAGAAAGGGAACAAUACGUGGCGACGGAUUGCUUAUACUCGCUGGGGAUAUGGAACACAACUGGUUUACCAACACAAGAAUCAGACGCUCUACUUUCACGGUUACACUAUCAGGAUCUGGUAUUUAUCUGGAGAUGAACCACUAGAAGAAUCUGAAUUUUUUCCUCCAGCUUAUUUUGCCAUUUGGGAUUUUAUCACUGAUAGAUGGAUAGACAAGUCUCUGAGAGAAGAGGAGUUGUUCGUGAGAGAGUUUCUUGACAGCGGACUAUACAUUGCAGUGAGUACAGUAUCUGGUGAAGUUUAUAAGAUUGCUAAUGUAGUGCAAAAGUGCAAAAGAUGGCUCUUCCGCGUCAGCAAGAUGAACCCUAUAAAACUUCGUUGGGAAGUAAUUGAUUCCCUGGGAGAUGAGGCGUUGAUCUUAGACAUGGGUAUUACUGUUCUCGCCAAAGACGUGCCAGGGUUCAAGAGAAACUCAAUCUACUUCAGUGGGCUUGAUUAUGACAGAAAAAAUCCAGACCAUAUAUUUGUCUUUGAUCUCACAACCCAAGAGAUUGAACCUUUACCUCAGUGUGUUUUCUCCUCCAUACAAUUCUCUGGUGCUCGAUGGUUUCUUCCGGAGUUUUAGUUUGGUUUUACAAUUGUUAGCGUAGAUUGCUCAUGAAGAAGAAGAAGAAGAAGAAGAAGAAGAAGAAGAAGAAAUCUGAUUUUGGAGUCUACACUAACAAUAGUUACUUCCAAAGAUGUGUUUUCCCCUCUUUUUCUGUUUGGUUAUUUUGAAAAAAGGAAGCUCAUUAUAAGAGUUUUGUAUGCUGGUUAUCAUAAUUUUAUAUUUUACAAUAAAGUAAGCUCAUUUGCUC